AUGCUGAUCGUUCUGGCGCUCCUUUUCCUCUCUGUUGGGUGUGGCCUCGACAAUGUGGCGCAUGGUUUAACGUUUGGCGUGAUUGGAGACUGGGGUUUAGGGGCGCAUGCGAAUGGGCACGGUCCCGAGAUCAUCUCUACGCGGCGCUACACGGAGGUGUGCGGGCGACUUGGCUGUAACUUUACAAUUAGCGUGGGGGACAACUUCUACUGCAGUGACGUGGCGUUCUGCAUUCGGCAUUCGUUCGAAGUGGCGAUGAGGAAUGUGUCCGGUCCUUUCUUUCCCUGCACGGGUAACCAUGACAACGUAAAAGCGCAGAUUGAGUACGCGAAGCGAAAUCCCCGAUGGUAUUGGCCGAGUCGUUACUACACCGUGAAGCUUCCGAUUGACGACACGGGUCAUACCGUGCAGUUGUUUGCUGUGGAUUCGCUUGAUUAUUCGCUCUGGAACGGUAGACAACUUGGAUGGUUAACAGAGGAGUUACGGCGAAGCAAUUCUCGCUGGAAAAUUAUAUUUGGUCACUAUCCCACUACCGGGAGUGGGCGGCACAAGCGGGUGGGCUCGGUGGGACGGAUUCACCAACUAAUGAAGCAGUUCAACGUGCAGGCGUAUUUUAGCGGCCACGAUCACAUUGUGGAGGUAAAUAAUAUAGAGGGGCGUGUGCUGGCGUUAAGUGGUGGAAUGUCACGCGGUGCGCUGAUGGCGUACGCCAUUGCCGGGCAGGCGCGACGCUUUACCCUUACCAGUCCCAGUGAGUACAGCCCGUAUAGGCAGGCGUGGCCCAGUCAUGGGUUUAUAACAGUGGACUUGGCUCCUAACACGAUGAACGCAAAUGUAUGGGACUCCGCCGGGGGCAUGCACUACGAGUUUGUGGUGACGCAUGAUUGGAUGCAAAAAGUCAUGCUUCUGCCACCUACAGCUCGGAAUACGUGGCCACCGCCGCGCGUCGUGCUGCAAGCGAUGAAGGAUGAACGUACACUACCCCGCGGUCCUGGCGGAGGGACUAUUUUUUUCGCCAAUGGAACGCGUAUAACACUUCCAGGCGACGACGAUCGCGGGGGCCGUGACUCAACGUGGACACCGUCAGGGCACUCCUCCGCCCCACCAGCGCCGGCAUCGAGGCCACCGCCCACACCUGUUCCAGAUUACAUCCAAUACGGCGUCUUCACCGAGUGUGAGGCAUGUAAUAUGAGGCCCCGCGCCGGAAGGCGAUUCACGCUACGUAUUACAGGCGAAACCCUUGAUUUAAACCAUCGACUGUACUUGACGGAUCGGCCGGAUGGCUGCGGGGACGCCAGUCGAGGCACUCACGUUUUGCCGGGGACACGCAUUGAAACUCCUCUCUGCAAUACCUUCAUGCUGAACGUGGCACGAGUGGUGGAUCGUGUCUAUGUUUGUUUUAGCGUGGAUGCCGGUGCCACCUACAGCAGGCUUCUCCGUGAGGAUACCGUGGAUGAGUCGUACACGUUCUCUAUCACCGCCCUCUGA